CUACAACGGAAAAAAUGUCAGAGAACGCCUUACUGAAUUUGAUUCACCGUGCUUCAGUAGUUCUUCCUACGAACCCCGAACAAGCUUUGGCAGAUUUACUGGGUUUCAAGACUACAUAUGCGGAGAAUCCUCUGUAUCUACAAACGCUUGGAGAGGCAUAUCUUGAAACGAGUGAUGUUGAAUCAGCAUAUACUGUUUUAUCUAAAGCUUGUGAAUUGGAUCCUACUGCACAAGAAGGAAUUGAGAAAUUCUUCCACCUAGGUCAAAUUAUUGGCGGUCAAAAUGGUGUGCAACUGCUCGAGAUAGGAAUUGCCAGGUUGAUUCAGCAAGCACAAGUUGUAGAAUCUUUAAGCAGAGGAGAAAUUCAAGCUGAUGGUACCCUAGAUUCUGGCGUCAAAAUUUUACUACAAGCCUAUGGGGAAGAAGAAAAAAUAAGUGAAUACAUAACCUCAAAACUAACUCAAGGGAUAGCUGCCAUCGUUGAGAUCUGGAUGACGGAUCUUUGUAUGUUACCUCAAGCAGAGGCUGAAUGUGAGAAGUGGACCACAACCUUGACGGAUAUGUGUUCCCACAAUCCUGAAACUCAUUCUAUAAUUGCUAGUAUACGGAUUUCACAAGAGAGGCCGCAGGAUGCUACUAAAGAGAUUGAACUUUCCUGGAGUUUGUUUCAGAAAAAGAAGCAAACCUUAGAAGAUAUUGCCAACACCAGUGAGAACAUUGAUCCUGAUGAAAUUGAAAUGAUGUAUAUUGAAAUGUACCAGCCAUUGGUCACUCUUUCCAAAUAUGCAACUGAAUGUGGAAUGUUUGAAACUGCAGCUGAUAUUGCAAGUUCUGCAAGAGAUAUCAACGAAGAUGGGGUGGAGGCCCUUUAUGUUGAAGGGUUUUCUAACUAUCUAGAAGCGUUGCGGAUACAAAAUGAUGUUACAGUGGCAGAUGGAGCCAAAAUUGGUAGAGAAUUUGAAAAAUACAAGUUAAAGAAAGAUGUGCCGAAGACAGAUCCAAGCUUUGAAUAUAUCAACAACUCUCGUUUAGCAUUGAGUUCUGCCGUCAAGUCACUCUACGAUACGGAGCUGGCAGCACAAGUGGAUCAAGAGCUACAAGUUACAAUCAGAGAUUUGUUAGAGAAAGUCGGUGGAUUUUUGGCCAAGGAGGAAGACAAUUCAGGAAUCAACGAAAGUAACUGGGAGAACGAAAUUGGAGAGGAUGAAGAUUAAUUACAACUGUAAUUAAAGUUCUGUAGUUGAAGUGGCAAGCUGUGUACUAUUAAAUAGCUACUUAAUAUUUUUAACAUAAUAAUAUCCUUUCU